AUGAUUGCUAAUAGUAAAGAGCAAAAAGACUCACGAUCAUCGAGGCGUAUUGGACGCCGAAAUUGCUUAGCUGGCGUAACCAUAUCAUUAUUUCUCAGUGGAAUUGCUCUGUGUGUAGUCUUAAUCACGCUCGUCGUUCCACACAGAGAGUGCCCAAGCUGUCCUUCCUUCGUUUCUGAAGAUCUGAAGUCGGUAUGGAUUUUCAUGGGAGUUGCUUACUCGUUGUUGAUUUCUGGAGGAUGUAUUAUUGUGAUACUAACGUUCCGAGAUAGGCGAAUAAACAGUCCCGACGGUUCAUUUCCGGAAGAAGUUGAAACCCCUUAUACGAUUCUGCCACAAGAUCCUGGAAAUUCCUCUGCGUUUGUUUUGCCACCUCCUCCAGUCUGGCCAGUAGUUUUUUUUUUAGAGAUUUUUAGAGAUUUUUUAGAGUAGAUUUCUUUACUACUUUAAUGACACUGAAGCUGUCCCAUCGUCAUACUGUGUAAACUGUCCUGAACCACAGCCAUCAAGCUACGAAGAAGCAGUUUCAUUGACAUAACAUUUAGCUACCAUCCAUGGAUUUUCAAACUCUGCAGACUUCUUCGAAACCGGAUCAAUCGUAAUCCCAGACUACAUAAAUGCAAACUCUGUAUACUGUUUUUUAUGGUUAAACUGGCCCUGAUAUAUAUUGGAGCAAACAAUAUUAUUACAAUUAAAACUUUACUUAAAACCAGUGAAUUGUUAUCACGAAAGAUUUUUUAAACUAUCGUGUUUUACUAAAAAUAAAGUCGUCAAAAACCGAUUUACAAGACAUAGAAUAAAUUCUUAGUCGUACGAUUAUCAUUUCAGCUGACUAUCGCUUUCAUUGCUGUGGCUUAAAAUGAACAAGUUUCAAAGCUGAAAAUAAAGGUGAAAAAAAUUCCUCUACAAGGUUCAUCAAACAGAAUGUAAACUUCCAUAACGACACAAAUCUUAAACUGUAUUUUCUUGGCCGUCAGGACAGCAACCUCGAGGAAGAGUUUAAAAUGAAUUUGCAUUUUUCUUUUGAGUUUCGUAAAUGUCUGGAUGUGUUUACCGACUCUUACCGCGCCACGCCUCAACUUCAGGAUAACGAAUGUGAGUAGCGUUAAGUUCCAAAUGGAAAGUUAAAUAAUUUGCCGUCGGGAUUCUGUUCUCGAGCCACGCAAAGUUUAGUGAUUCCACUUUUUUGUCUCGCAGAGGAUUGCUUAGAAAUUUUCGAAGUUUUAAAACGCUCGAGCUGAACUUAUUGAUCUGCUUAAUUGAUCUUUUAUUUUGAGGCGUCUUCAUUGUUAUGGCCGUCGCUUAUAGAAGUUCCUAGCUUCGAACCCCCCAUUUCUUUGGAGUGAGUGGUAAAGCAUUGAAGCGCGAAAUCCAAAGAUCUUCGGUUGGAGUCUUCUAGAAGACUACCUCUGUCGCAUGUUUGCGACAAACAGAUUACCAAGUUCUUUGACCUUUAGAAAGUUGGAACAUUCUAUAACAGCAUCCAAAGUGAUGCUAGUUUUAAAGUCCGCAUAAUCAAGAGUAAAGAGCAUCUAAAAGUUGAAUCAAUUAAAGCUACUGAGAAGAAACAAGUUUAAGUGGCGAUACUUGAAAUUUAAUCAGCUGCAUGAAGGACACUUAAAUUUCCUCGCGCACUCAAGAAUCACGUGCCCUUCAUUUGAUGAACGUGACUUCAGUAAUUUUCCAAAUAUAAUUUCUUACGUAGGUAAAACCAAACAGAGCAGCAAAAAUAUCGUUUAGAUAGCCGGAAAUGUUCUUUAACGUCUGGUAUACAGAGCAAUAUAAUAAUUUUUGGCGUAUAGUGCCCGAAAAUUUGCCAAAACUUUUUUAAUGAGCCCCAUGCGCGUAACGUUCACAGUGGAGGUCUGCAAACAGCCCAUGAGAGUCCGUCAAAUAACAAGAUCAGCCUAAACACAAAAAAGAGGCAUAUGUAAUAUCGAAAAGUAGUGAACAAUACCGUUUCAAAAUGGCAGAUGAUCCACAGGUAGCGAAUGAAGCACAGGAAUCCACGAGAGAAUCGAUUACAGCAAAGAAGGGAUCCUUGAUUCUCGCGUUCCUCGCUCUUCUUUGUUUUGGAGCUGGGGUGUUCAUCUUUGGUGCAGUGAUUUUCCUACUCAUUCGAGAAAGGUGUAAUGAUUGCAAGCAGAGCUCAUUGGGAAAGAGUUUGUCUAUUGUUGCCUUUUCGUCGAUUGUCUUCGGUUUUGGCUUCCUGGGAGGUUAUUGCAAGAGAUCCAAAAAGUUCUUCACCCGUCCAGUUGCUGAGUUAGUUGUUGUCUCUGCGAUUCCAGCAGAAAAUCUGGAAAAAUCGCCUGCUCCUGUUCUGCACGAUAACCAUGUUUCCCCACGUCAUUUGUACAUGAGUUCAGCCUCAGAUUUGCCUGAUUAUUUUACCGCCAUCAGAAAUAUUGAUGGUUUAUAUUCAGCUGCAGACGCCGAAGUUCGGUCGGAAGAUAUCCCCAAAACCCCGCCACCAUGUUAUGAAGAAGCGCUUAAAAUGCCUGCUUUGGCUAAUACGACAAUCUAAAAGGAUACGAACAAUUUCAAAGAAGGAGUCAUCGAAAGUGAAGAAAUAAGCCUGGGAUAACUUUAUCUCUUCAUUUCACCUCUCCAUAUUAUAUUUUGACCGUCCUGCUUUGUAGAUUUUUAUCAAUUUUCGCGUGACUUAUGUUUUUUUUUUAAUUUGCGUACCAAACAUGCUAGGUCAAAGGUUAGCAAAAAAAGGUUUAAAAAAAUGAGUAUUGACAAAAAGGUGAUUGAAUAGGCUGGCGGUUAGCACGCGCACAAAGGUUCACUUACUAAUGAUUAUUUUUUUAAUUCCAAAGAACGGUUCGCGCGUUUAAAAACGUGGAACUUGUCUCUUUGUUAAUGGUCCGAACUGUUCCCUGACGUACUGGAACCAAGAACCAGGAUAAAGUCGAUGAGGGACUAUGGAUACAGAGAUACUUCGCAACGAAGCAAUGAUAUCCAUUUUCUAUUAAUUUAUCAUCCACGUUAGGAUAACUGAGUAAUAUGCACUCUUCUGUUUUAAGAUGCACGCAUGUUAAGUUGUGUCUCAGCACAGGUAACCCACACUCGCACAAUGAACCUCUUUAAAUAUGUAAAUAUAUCUUGGGAUUUGUAUCCGAAUGAACGGCCCCAUUAUCAAGCCAAAAACUGAACUUAUUUCGAAUAUAAACGAGGUAGCCUCCUUUUUGUGCAUUUUGUAAGUUUUCUGGGCUGAUUUACGACAGUUUACCUCGAGAGUUUUAAGUCUCCGUUUUUUUCCCUAUACAUAAAACUUUGAUAUUUUCAUUUUCAUAUUUUUCGGAGGCUCAAAGUGUAAGCAUGGGCUUGCUGUGGUCGUACGAAGUUGAAACUAUUAAUAAAGUUUAAACUCGAAGUCUUUCUUUCUUGACGUGACGUCACACUUUGAUUCACGGAUGACUUCCUGUUUGAUUUCAAAGCAAACAAAGUCUCAAUUAAAUGAAAUAAAUUUUAUUUGGACCUUACGAUAAUUAAAAAAAACCCAUUGAAAUGAUCCCGACAGGAUCAAUUGAACUUAUUGCAGAAUAAGAAGCCAAAACGAAAAAAAAAAAAGCGAAACAAGAAAAGGCCCAGACGAUGUUUUGGCCUGUACAGGAUCAAUGUCAAUAUCUAAACAACUGUGUACCUACCUUCCCUUAAUACAACAACGUCAACUGGAAAUAAGUUAUGGUUACUGUUGGUUUAUGGGAGGGGUAGGCGUGCAGUUGCUCCCACAACUCCGAUCCUAAGUAUUAGUUUGGUGCUAAUACGAGCUAAGUUUCGAAGCCACAGACGUAGAGUGGUGCCAAUUGCCCCCCCCCCCCCCCCAAAAAAAAAUGGCUCGUCCACUUCCGGCUAAAUAUUUUUUUUUAGCUGCAAGCACAAGAAUAUCUAUACAUUUUACAUCGGAAUACAUUUAGAGAAAUUUCAAUGGAGCGUCGUAAAACCCAAACCAAAUUUAUCUUAACACUUAAACUCCCAUGAGCGACCAAGACAGAAUUUCUCCUUACAAUAUCAUUACAACAUCAAGCAGACAAGUGAUGAGAAUAAAGAAAAAUAUUGAUUAGGGGAUUAUAAGUUGAUCUGAUCCUAAAUUCUCCAAACUAACAUCCCAAGAACUGUAUGGCAGACAGUAAGGAGAAUUACUAAUGAGAUCUGGGCACAAAAAAUCGUAAAUUAAAAACUACUACGUCACGGGCGAAAUUCGUCACUGUACAUUUGUUGUAAUAUCUGUUAUAUAAUUCAUUAUAAUAUAUUCAAAUGGUAUUCCUAUUGCCUUGAACAGAAUAUCUGUUAAAAUCAUUAUAAACGUUUCUCCUAGAAACGGAGGAAAAUCGUUUAAAACGUUUCCCCUAGAAACGACCCAACUUAACGUGAGGUAAUAUUAAAACAAGUUUCAGAUCUCUUAAACCUUCAAAACGUUUCAGUGGUUUAAACUAUUACUAGUAGUAGCAUGUGAGAUUCGUAGUGACAAACUGCUUCAUGAGCUUGAUAAAAGUAGUCUUGCUCGGAACUUUUGACAUGCUAAUUAGAUAUAUGCGUUGUGGUUAAAUUUCUACUAAGAAAAUUUAUCAGAGUGUUGUUUCCCCUCCACCUCUAAAUUCUACUAAAGACAUCGGCGAGCUUUCCUCACCGGUUAUAAAAGCCAGUUUGAGAGCAUCAUCGUAACAUGGUGGUGGAGUUUCUGGAAACCUUUUUAUCCAAACUGCAUCUUCCUCGGAUAAAUAUAUUCCAUCAAUAUUCUGGACAGCAGUAAAAUAAUCUGGCAAGUCCAUCGAAGAGGUCCUAAGAGACAGAAGACGGCGAGGAAUAUGGCUGUCAGGAAGAAUAGGAGACGGAGAAGUCGCCAAAACUUCCACAGGAAUCGUCGAGAUCGUAGCCUGAGAAUCAUUUGAUAGUCUCUUGGGUCGUACCAACACUAUCAAUGCUAAUCCAACAACCAGGAGUACUGAGGCAAUGAUUGCAAAUCUAACAGUUGAGUUUUUAUAGGAAAGAUCGAAAAUGGCGAAUACGAACAGAAUAAGGCUGCCAGCGAAACAAAUAAGAGUGAGAACUGUAACCACGAAAGAAACUUUUUUUCUGUUCCUUGAUAACCUCGCGUUUUCUCGUCCCACAGAAUCAUUUGUACUUGUCAUUUUCGAAGACUUGGAAUGACAAAGUAAAACUGAUGAUAUCUUCAAAGCGUAAAUUCAGCAAUCGUUGAAUAAAAGGGAGACGCGCUUUAUGAAAAGCCGUUGCUUCUGCAAAUAUAGGUUGAUCCCUCGUCAACAGAAGUGUAACUACAGGCAGUAGUAGCAAUGUACCUUAGGCGCUGGAAAAUGCAAAUCGCAUGAUACAUCCUCCAGCAUCCUGAAUCAUGUUAUCAAAAUAACUUAUUGACGCAAAUUAUACCAUCGUUUUUACUUCCAAGUGGCUUUCGGAAACUUCCACAUAACAGUUGACUUAUGUUGAAAUGAGGAUGUAACAGUAACUUUCCGAUCAGUCCUUAUACAAAGUAAAAGGAGAUAGUCGUACAAAUGAAUACAUUUACAGUUUCGAUAGAAAACCUGCGUCUAUUUUUUGAAAAAAUCGGUUCCCACAGGAAGUUAACUGCACGCAGAUACGACUGUCAGUAGGAGGUCCAGUAUACCUUCCCCUAGGCCUCUGAAGUUAUAAACGGCACAGACAAAAAAUGUACGUAUAGCAAGCGCCAGGGGAAAAGAAAAAAGCUUAUUUCAGUAUUUUACGUUUUAUCGUUUUUAUUUGCCAUUACAUAUAAAAAUAUUUCUACAACUUAGAACAAUUUGUAAAUAAAUCAAACAAACAAAAAGGGUUAAUGGAGGGGAGGGGGGACUUGCUGAAAACCAUUAAGGUUUUUAGGCUUAGGUUCCCUUAAAAGUAUUACAAGAGAAGUAAAUCUAAACAACAGAUAUAGCAAAUAACGUGUUGACAAGCCAUAUAACAGUUCAGUUGUUGAGGAAAGAUAUUUUAAGAUUUUUCCAAAAGGAUGCUAGAGCCGGAAGAACCAGUGAUCUCAGAGGAGAGAGAGUUGAAAAACUCUCAACUUCUGGCCGCCGUGCACGUCUCAAAAACGUCUGCACUUAGGGUUCUUUAUCGAAUUAAAUAUUCGUUGCUGUGGAGACGGCACUAAACAGCGACCGUUUUACUGUUUCUGUGGACGUCGGCAAGAAGAGUCAAUAUGUAAAACAUGCUUUCGUGUGAUAAAUAGACAAUAUUCUGAGGAGCUUCGAUUCUUCGUUCUUGAUAUUCAACUUUUCCCGGAAGCCGUUAGAAGUUGAGGAUAGCUUUUGUCUUCAGUUUUUCCGAAAAGGUAAAAGCACGACCAGAAAGUCACGUUUUGAACUGAAGAACAAAAUGAUUCAAAAGUGGCGUUCAACCGCUAUUUACAAAACAAUGAAAAUCACAGCAUAAAUCAUCCAUGCAUGGUAAUUAUCAUUACUUGAAGUUGUUUUUACUAAUUUUAAUUUAAUUGCCAUAUUUUCAAACACUCUACUUCAACAAAUUUGCAGAAGCAAAUUAAUUAAUAAUAAUGGUUCAAUAAGAACGCAUGAAGAUUCGAACGGAUCACGUUCUCAGUUUUCCACGCUGUUAGGUAUAUUACCGACCUCGUGAAGCCACGUCUGAGCUGCCAAAGAUACGAGUGCGAUUGAGAUCCAUGCUGGACGCCCUUGCUCUCCAGCACGAGCGAAGACUGCCUAAUCUCGUGACAUUCCUCUGAAGUUUUCCUUUUCUUCUAAUUUCUCUUCGCUCUCACGAAACGCCAACGCGGCACUCGAAAGGUCAGCUUUGAAACUCCUUACGUGAUCAGUUUACAUUAUCAUUUCAGUUGACAAAACCAAAUUACUUUGUCAGUAAUACCUCCCGCCGAUGCAGAAACCACUGUUUAUCCGGAAACUUACCCUCUUUUUGUAAACAUUGUAUUUGUCUACGUUCACAAAUAUAUUGUGUUGCCAUAAAUAAUAUUAAGAUAAAUUAUUUCAUUGUUUUAAAUACUAUCAUUGUCCAAGUUAUUUUUAUUGUCAUUAUCAAUAUCAUUAUGAUCCUACACCAUGUCAUGUUGCUAAAAAUGAACUCAAGAAGAAUAGCAAUAAAUACGGUGAUAUUGGUGUUGCGUCGAUUUUUCUUGCGAUUUGGCGGUGUUUGCUUUAUUAUUUUUGCGAUAUCAUGAUAUUCAGAGCCCCUUAAUGCCCCUUUCAUAUGUGCAACCUUGAUGAGUGAUCCUGAUUUACCUAAAAACGUGAUGUGCUCUUCAUGAACACGUGGCCAUUUGAACGUGAACUUGGUUCUUAAGAAAAACACGUGUUUUUGGACGAUGACUGCCACCAGUCUCAUUGUAAUAUUAUUUUGCUCACGUAAGACCAUUGAAGCAAGAUAGACGUCGUUGGAAUGGCCGGAAUAAUUGCUCUGAUGGUGUCCUGACCAAAAGGUACAAAGCGGAGGUUUGCAAAAAGCCCAUGACAAUUCUGACGAGAACUUCCGUUAAGAUAACAAGCAUAGGCGACGCACAAGAGAGUCGCACUAUACGAAGAAAGAGCGGCCGGAAAAACACCGUGUUACUAUGGCAGAUGAUGUUCAAGUAACAAACCAAACUCAGGAAUCCAUGAGAGUGUUAAGCACAGCGCGUAAGUGUUCCCUAAUCCUAUUGAUCUUCGCUCUCCUCUGUUUUGGAGCUGGUGCGUUUAACUUUGGAAUUGUGAUUGUACUAAUGGCUCAGGCAAGUUGUAGUGACUGCAAGCAGAGUUCAGUGGGCAAAAGUGACCCAAACACAUUAAUACAGAUUUUGUCGACUGUUGGUCUUUCAUUGUUUGUUCUCGGUUUUGGCUUGCUGGGAGGAUAUUUUAGAAGAUCAAAAAAGUGCUGCGCCCGUCAAGUUGCAGAGUCAGUCGUUAUUUCUACGAUCCCAGCAGAAGAUUUGGAAAAAUCGCCUGCUCCUGAUCUUCAACAUAAUGACAUUUCUUCGAGUCAUCUGUUUUUUAGUACAACCUCAGAUUUGCCUGAUUACUUUACUGCUGUUGCGAACGCUGACAAUCUUUAUUCAACUGUGGACGCCGGAGUCUGGACGGAAGAUGUCCCCAAUUUUCCACCACCGAGUUAUGAAAGAGCUCUCGAAAUGGCUGCUUUAGCUUUUACGACAAACGAGGCAGAUACAAACAAUUUUAAGGAAGAAGAUAGUGUCAGUAGGAUUACAAUGGUGUAA